AUGGGAUCCCUUCAGACACCACAGACUGUGGAAGAUGCCUCCAUGCCUGCCAACUGGCUUGGGCUGGUAUCCUGCCCAAGCCAGUUCGCUUUUGGUUUUCGUGCUGUAUGGUUGUCUAUGAACAGUUCUUUAGUGCUGGUUUUUAAGUUUUUAGUGGCGAUGGCGGAAGCGGUCGAAGAAGUACGCCAACAUAUUAGAGUGACUGUUGUUCCUGGUACACGGAAGAAUUCCUAUAGAUACAAUACCGAAUGUGGAUUUAUUUUUUACAAAAAAGACAUGAGAGGAGAUAUACUACGCCUUGAGUGUAUUAACCGAAAGAUUGGCUGCCACUGCAAAAUUACAAUGCGUGAUGGAGUUUUUACCCAAAAUGGUGCGCAUAAUCAUGAUGCCCAGUUUGAGGAACAGCAUCGGGCAGCGGCAGUAAAUGAGUGUUUAGACUUGGCUCGGGCUCCUGGAAUGGGACGGCAAGGGCCAAAGAGGAUUGUCGAGAUAGCUCGCUCUGUUCAUCGUGAAGCAAGAAUUGCUUUGAAUCCUGCGCUAGAGCGAAGAAUCCAGCGGGAGAAGAGAAGCAACCAGCCACUCCCACCUACAUCGAUCGACGACAUGAUGGAAUCCAUGGCGUAUCACCCUGUUUUCAAAGAAACUAUUCGUGGUGACCUUUUCUUUCACGGAACUGUCCGUUCCGAUGAAGACGACGACGUCCCCGGGUUACCUGCUGAGGACGAAGCUGCGGAAGACGAGCUCAACGAAGAGGAAGCUCCCGAAGAUAGACAAGGUGAUGUCUCUAAUGAGGAUAUUGCAGAUGUUCCUUUCGGUCACGGUCGACAACGAUUCCGUGCAGGUGUGCGCCUCACUGAACGCCAACGCAGAGCAAUGGAAAGAAGGAAUCGGGCAGCAGCACGGCAUAACCGCCGUGAAAUUUUUGAAAAUCUGCCUCCGCGAAAUGAGACUCCCCCACCGGUCUCUCCAACUCCGGAUUCUCCUCCGGCUCGUCUGGAUUCUCCGGAAAGAUCACCAAUCCGUCCACAGACUCCGGACACUCAUUUUCGCUCGAUGGCUUCUCCAGCUGGCCUAAUGUCCGCAGAUACUUCUCCACGCCAGGUACGCCAACGGCAUCGGAAAAAAUAUCUCCGAAUUCGUCCGUUGCGGAGCAUUCAGCAUGACCCUGAGAAAAUACUGGAACAACGGCUUUUAGCACUACGUGCUAAUAGGGUUAGAGAACAUGAUGAACCCCGUGUUCUGAUACGCGAAGAAAUUGUGGACCAUCAAAGGAGAGCUGUAGCCCGAAAUCCCUCUCCACCAAAUAUUUAA